AUGGUGGAUAAUGUUUCAGUAGUUGCUAUGUUUACUCUGUCAGRGUUGAGUGGCACARUGCAUUACAGAGUCACUCUCUUCAUCCUCACUUUGUUGUGUUACUGYGUGAUCUGGCUGAUWAAUGUGACCAUCAUCGUUACGAUCAUCGUGGAUAAAAACCUUCAUGAACCCAUGUACAUCUUCCUCUGUAAUCUGUGCAUUAACGGACUGUAUGGGACUGCAGGCUUUUAUCCAAAGUUCCUCAGCGACCUCCUGUCUUCCUCUCAUGUCAUCUCUUACGCUGGAUGUCUCCUGCAGGGUUUUGUGCUGCACUCUUCAGYYGKUGCAGAKUUSUCUAUUCUUGUAUUAAUGGCGUAUGACAGAUAUGUGGCUAUAUGUCAGCCUCUGAUGUACCACUCAGUGAUGACGAAGGGAAAAAUAGGCCUGUUUGUGUUUUUURCGUGGYUCAUACCUCACUAUCUGGUGMUGGUGRGCACUAUAACAACAUCAAUUAYCAAAAUAUGUGGCUCACAUAUUCCAAAAAUCUACUGUAUUAAUUAUUUGGUGAACAGACUUGCUUGUACUCCCCCAAUAGCAAGUGUCAUUGAAUCGUAG